UUCAAGUAAUGCUAUAAAGUAUAUUUGUGCAGCUUUAUGGAAAAUGAAGAUCAAAUAUGCAUGAAACUCAUUUUCAGUCCUUUGUCUUUGUUUUUUCAAUAAGGGACAACUACACUCUUCAGAUCAAUCCUAAUUCUGGACUUUGUAACGAAGACCAUUUGUCUUAUUUCACCUUUAUUGGUCGUGUUGCUGGAUUGGCUGUAUAUCAUGGCAAGCUUUUAGAUGGUUUCUUCAUUAGGCCCUUUUAUAAGAUGAUGCUGGGAAAACCAAUAACUUUAAAAGACAUGGAGUCUGUGGAUAGUGAAUAUUAUAAUUCCUUGAAAUGGAUUCUGGAAAAUGACCCUACAGAACUGGAUCUCAUGUUUUGCAUAGAUGAAGAAAACUUUGGACAGACAUAUCAAGUUGAUUUGAAGCCAAACGGGUCGGAAAUCAUGGUCACAAAUGAAAAUAAAAGGGAAUAUAUAGACUUAGUCAUCCAGUGGAGAUUUGUCAACAGGGUUCAAAAACAGAUGAAUGCAUUUCUUGAGGGUUUUACAGAACUCCUGCCCAUUGACUUAAUUAAAAUUUUUGAUGAAAAUGAACUGGAGUUGCUAAUGUGUGGUCUUGGCGAUGUUGAUGUGAAUGACUGGAGACAACACGCAAUCUACAAGAAUGGAUAUUGUCCAAACCAUCCUGUUAUUCAGUGGUUUUGGAAGGCUGUUUUACUGAUGGAUGCUGAGAAACGUAUCCGGCUUUUGCAGUUUGUAACUGGGACGUCACGAGUGCCUAUGAAUGGAUUUGCUGAACUUUAUGGUUCAAAUGGUCCUCAGCUGUUUACAAUAGAGCAAUGGGGAAGCCCUGAUAAAUUACCCAGAGCUCACACAUGCUUUAAUCGCCUUGACUUACCUCCAUAUGAAUCUUUUGAAGAAUUGCGAGAGAAGCUUCUUAUGGCAGUUGAAAACGCUCAAGGAUUUGAAGGAGUGGAUUAAGUUGGCGCCUGCUCCUGCUUAUUAUUAUCAUUAUUAUUAUUGUUAUAUUAUUAUUAAAACAAAGAUUCUGUUCUUGGAGCAAGUUCUGCAAGCACUUUUUGAUUUGCCAGGCAGACAUUUACAGGAGAUGGAGCAGAACAAUUGCACAGCGGUUGGUUCAUGGAGCAAGAAGCUUCUGUCCAGUGCCGAUGUCUAAAUCCAGCAAUGGGAAAUAACUUCCUUUCACUUGUGGAUAAUAUUUCUGAAAUUUCCACCACAAAUUACCAACUGGUUGAUGUAUACUCUAAUGACAUUUCAGCAGGACUUGUCUAUUUAUGUUGUGCCUCUGUAGGCAAAAGCCCUUAAUAAAUGUUUUACAUACUUUCUAAUGGCAAUGAAUGGAAUUAAUCAUUUUACAGGUAUAGUAUUACAGUUCACGUUUACUUUGGAACAAUGAUUUUCAAGUUUUAUUUCCUUGCAAUUAAAAAACAAUAAUGUACUGGAAGAAUGAGCUCAUUUUGUUUCCUCUUAAUUUGUCUAGACUGUAUGCCAGAAGCAUUCUGUUCCCCCAAAUCUGCUUUUUGUUGUUUUUAGCAUCAUGCUCUUCUCGUCUUUUAGAAUAAGUAAAUUUUUUGUAAGAUAUAUUCUGCAAUUGGAAAUAUUAUCUGAAAGUACCGAAUGCCUUUUUAAAUGCGUGCAUUGUGGUUUCCAAGACAGCAACGAAAGCAAAAUUUGUGAUGGGGUGGAGACAAUAUUUCUACAAAUCAUCCAGAAUAUUUACAGGAAGAUCAUAACAUAUUCCAGCAUGCCAAAUCUCUCCUUCAAUAACAAAAUUGCCUCCCUAUUUCUUAAGUAUUUAUAUGUAUUAUAGCAUUUUUGGUGAUGGGUUGGGGCACUAUUGUCAUUGGGGGGAAAAUGUUUGAUUGUUUGUUGUAUAGUGACUGUUUUACUAAUUCUCUCCUCUUGCAAUGGAGGCAUUUUGAAUGAAUCCUGAUCUUGCUUGAUCUCGAGGCUGUAAAAAGUACUUUUCUGUUUGUAUGCAUUUGUUAGUAUCUAAAUGAGAAGGAUUUCCCCCCUUUAUUUUUGAUUGCACCGAUUCUAGAAGCACUUUAUGUACCACAUGGAGAUCUCUUUUUUUAAAUCAUAAAUAUUAAUGUGAUAGUAUGCCUUCUCCUUGCCCAUGUCUUUUUGGUGCAGUAUCUUUCAGUUGUGAAAUCUGGCAAUGGCUGAAAAAGUACAGAAAAAACUAGAGAGAGCUGAAUUUAGAGAUAUUAGUUGUAUUUUGUGGUGUUGGGCUCCAUCCCCCCCCCCCAAGAUUUAUUUAAUAAAUGCAGUUAUCUAGCCACUUUUAUAACGUAUGACAUGUUGCAUGAAUAAAUGAUAAUGCUUGUCUUGUAAAUGUUAUGUAAUAGUGUAAGAGGGAAAGAACAAACACAGUUUCUCUAAUCCACUGGAAGAGGACUCAGAGCAGAACACAUUUGAUAAAUCACAAAGCUGAUUCAGUGCAGCUUUCCAUAUCUUUGCCUUCAAAUCUAAAAUCAACCAAUGGGUAACAGUCCAACGAAGGCUGCAGACUUAAAUAGACUACUAGGGUGAUGCUAGACAGUCUGCAAACAUCUCCCUGGGCACCCAAGUUUUAAUUUUUCUAAAUAUGUCUUUUAAUAAAAAAAAGAUUCAUGGACCCGUUGGCAUUCAGCUAAGCGAAGGACCAGCCUUUGACAGUGCUCUCUGCCCCCCUGCCCCCAACAAUAUAAUGGUCACCAGAUAGGUUUCACAGUCAUUCUUAGAAAGUAAGACCAGCUGGGUAGCUACGCUAUGACUAGUCCAUGGGUUGGGGGAGGCACAUUUAAAGAAAGCAAGAAGUUGUAGAAAGCAUCUUCAAAGGGAAAACAAGUUGGAGGAAAAUUAAAUCUUUGGUGGCAGCCAUUUCGCAAAUGCCCAGGCCUGCCCUGUGGAAACUAUUUUGUGAGCUGUUGCCUUCAACACCAUCUAAAAAUCAGAAAUGUACUCGCUACCCAAAAUAUAUUGUUCGCUGAAGGUAAUGCCCUUUAUUGAGUAAUUUCCUGUAAGUAUUUUCACAAAACAGGAUUCUUAUUGGUGUUUCCCCUUUUCCUUCCCUCUUUCUUGAUUUGUUUUCUGUCUCUAAAAUGUUAGUACAGCCCAAUUUAGGUCAGAAGGACCUUCUGGCUCAAAGCUGAAGACAAGCAUAUUAAUUGGAUUUCUUUUAAGCUCUGUAUACCUUUCAGAUGUUGCUAUACUGCAGAUGCAAGACUAAUUGAAUUUACUGGAUAUCCAUGGUAGAAUACAGCUUCUUUGUCCUUCCUGUUCUUUCAGCUUAUCUGUGCAUUGUGAAAUGAUUUGAUGACGGUUUACUCUUGCUCUAUAAUCAUUCAGCCCACCUUCAUUUCUCAAUAUAUGGUUCUCCCACCUGUGCUGACAAUAUAUUCUGGUACAUUCUCUUAGAAGUAAGAUCCACUGGGUUCAGCUGGGCUUAGGCCCAGAUAAAUGGCUACAACAGGUUUCCAAGAAGGUGUCUUCCAGAUGUGUAGGACUACAACUCCCAGAACUCUACCAGCAUAGUCAGCCAGAUCAGAAAGGCUGAAAUAUAGGAUUAUUGAAUAAAAAACAGUGGAAAGGGGAGAUGAGAAAAAAAGGAAUACCUUAUGGUGUCACAAUAGCUUGUAAAGAUAAAACCACAUUUUUGGAGUAUUGUUUAAGUAGAAGGAUGGGAUAAAACAUUUUAAAGAAAUAAUAAUUAAAAUAAAUAAGUUAGUGUGUUAUUAAUGGCUACCAUGGUGUCCUGGCUGAAUGGAGAGCUAUUUGUUUUGCUUCAUCUAGCCCUGCCCUGACAAAGUGAUGUAAAAAUGAUUCUGGUGUUUCAGUUAGAUGCUUUAUAAAAAUGGCUAGUCAUCCUACACAGACAUAAAAGGACCAAUUUUGUAACACAGAAAAAUGGUCAGUAAAUAUUAGGAGGGUAAUAGAAAGCUCAGAUAAGCAUAUUCUUUGGGGAAAAAACAACCCACCCAAUUCACCAGAAAAAAGGUUAAUCACAUUGUCAAUUGAGUCAAAUCUUGCUUAUGUAUUUCUUCCCCCUUAUCCUCAUCUGCCAUAGUUUUGACAGCCCUGUUCCUUAUGUUGUUUAAAAGACAGCAGGCAGGAUCAAAGAACCUUGCUGAAUAAGGUCUAAAUCUCUUGCAUUUAUUGGCAGCCCCAGAGACACAAUGGAAGGCAAAGAGAGUGGGAAAAGGGCCAGGCAGAAAAUGACUCUGGUCAUUUAUUAUGAAAUAAGACAAAUAAGGAGUUGCAUAACCUGAAAAGUCCAGAAAUUCUUAACAAUUGUAAUUUUUAAUGAAGCAGAAGAAGGGAAGUAUUAAAUGCAAUUACUCCCUACUCGUGGAAAAGUAUUAACUACUUCAAAUAUGAAUGUCAAUGAAAUGAAUUCAAGUUAGUUUUUGUUUGGACCUCAUCCACUUUCCUUGGAGAUGCCCCUUUAGCACAUUAUUAAAGGUUGUUUAUGGACCUUGA